AUGUCCGUCAUUGCUCACGUCGACCACGGAAAAUCUACCUUGACCGAUUCGUUGGUUCAACGUGCGGGUAUCAUUUCAGCUGCCAAAGCUGGCGAAACCCGUUUCACAGAUACUCGUCAGGACGAGCAAGACAGAUGUAUUACCAUCAAGUCCACCGCCAUCUCUCUUUAUGCCCAUCUUUCAGACGAAGAGGACAUCAAGGAUAUCCCCCAAAAGGUCGACGGUAACGAGUUCUUGAUCAACUUGAUCGACUCUCCCGGUCACGUUGAUUUCUCUUCUGAAGUCACUGCUGCCCUCCGUGUCACUGACGGUGCCCUCGUCGUCGUCGACUGCGUUUCUGGCGUUUGCGUCCAAACCGAGACUGUGCUGCGUCAGGCUCUCAGUGAACGUAUUAAGCCCGUGUGUAUCAUCAACAAGGUCGACCGUGCUCUUCUCGAGCUUCAAGUUUCCAAGGAAGACCUUUACCAGUCUUUCUCCCGUACCAUUGAAUCUGUUAACGUCAUCAUUGCUACUUACUUCGAUCCUGCUCUUGGUGAUGUCCAAGUCUACCCAUACAAGGGUACCGUCGCUUUCGGUUCCGGCCUUCACGGCUGGGCUUUCACCGUCAGACAGUUUGCCGCUAAAUAUGCCAAGAAAUUCGGUGUUGACAGAAAUAAGAUGAUGGAGCGCCUCUGGGGCGACAACUACUUCAAUCCUAAGACCAAGAAAUGGACCAAGAACGGAGAGCAUGAGGGCAAGUCGCUUGAGCGUGCUUUCAAUCAGUUCAUCCUUGAUCCAAUCUUCAAGAUCUUCAACGCUAUCACACACUCCAAGAAGGACGAGAUUACCAACGUGCUUGAGAAGCUCGAGAUCAAGUUGAAGAGCGAGGAGAAGGAAUUGGAAGGCAAACCCCUCCUUAAAGUCGUUAUGAAGAAGUUCCUUCCAGCCGCUGAUGCUCUUUUGGAAAUGAUGGUUCUCCACUUGCCAUCUCCUGUCACCGCUCAGAAAUACCGUGCCGAUACUCUCUACGAAGGUCCCGCCGACGAUGAAGCCUGCAUCGGUAUCCGUGACUGUGACUCCAAGGCUCCUCUCAUGCUUUACGUCUCCAAGAUGGUGCCGACCUCCGAUAAGGGUCGCUUCUAUGCUUUCGGUCGUGUUUUCGCCGGUACCGUUCGCUCCGGUCUUAAGGUCCGCAUUCAAGGCCCCAACUACACUCCUGGCAAGAAGGAAGACUUGCACAUCAAGGCUAUCCAGCGUACCAUUCUCAUGAUGGGUCGUUUCAUUGAACCAAUUGAAGAUGUCCCUGCUGGUAACAUCGUCGGCCUGGUUGGUGUUGAUCAAUUCUUGCUGAAAUCUGGUACCCUCACCACCAGCGAGACUGCCCACAACUUGAAGGUCAUGAAAUUCUCCGUCUCCCCCGUCGUCCGACGGUCCGUUGAAGUCAAGAACGCCAACGACUUGCCUAAACUCGUCGAAGGUCUUAAGCGUCUGUCCAAGUCUGAUCCAUGCGUUUUGACCCAGAUCUCCGAAUCUGGUGAACACAUCAUUGCUGGUGCUGGUGAAUUGCACUUGGAAAUUUGCUUGAAGGAUCUUGAAGAAGACCAUGCUGGUGUUCCUCUCCGUGUUUCCGACCCUGUUGUCUCCUACCGUGAAACCGUCGGUGCUGAAUCAAGCAUCACUGCUUUGUCCAAGUCUCCCAACAAGCACAACCGUCUCUAUGUCAAGGCUGAGCCGCUUGGUGAGGAGGUUGCCAAUGCCAUUGAAGCGGGCAAGAUCAGCCCACGUGAUGAUUUCAAAGCCCGUGCCCGUAUCUUGGCUGAUGAGUUCGGCUGGGACGUUACUGAUGCACGUAAGAUUUGGUGCUUCGGUCCUGACACCACUGGUGCCAACUUGGUUGUUGACCAGACCAAGGCUGUUCAAUAUCUCAAUGAAAUCAAGGAUUCUGUCGUUUCUGGCUUCCAGUGGGCUUCGAGAGAAGGUCCUGUUGCUGAAGAGCCAAUGAGAUCCGUCCGUUUCAACAUCUUGGAUGUCACUCUCCACGCCGACGCUAUCCAUCGUGGUGGCGGCCAAAUCAUCCCUACUGCUCGUCGUGUCAUCUAUGCCGCCACUCUUUUGGCUGAGCCCGGUCUUCUUGAACCCGUCUUCUUGGUCGAAAUCCAAGUACCUGAGCAGGCCAUGGGUGGUAUCUAUGGUGUCCUUACUCGUCGCCGAGGUCACGUUUUCGCCGAAGAGCAGAGACCCGGAACUCCUCUCUUCACUGUCAAGGCCUACUUGCCAGUCAACGAAUCUUUCGGUUUCUCUGCCGAUCUCCGUUCCGCUACCAGCGGUCAAGCCUUCCCACAAUCAGUAUUCGAUCACUGGCAGAUUCUCCCCGGUGGUUCUCCACUUGAUCCAUCCACCAAACCUGGUCAAGUUGUCCAAGAAAUGCGUAAGCGCAAGGGUAUCAAGGAAAUCGUGCCUGGUGUUGAGAACUAUUAUGACAAAUUGUAA